AUGAACUUCUCCGAGUCUCACGUCCCCCAACAAUCGUCAGGUCUACUGUCACUCAUCGUCUUCAACCAAGCCAGUAACCACAAUCAACACAAUAAGACUACACAAAACCCAGCGGGGACACAACGGAACCCCUUCAACCACCUCAAGAGCCACUUCAGAAUGUCUCACCACAGCAAUGACAGCCAGAUGACCCUCGUCAACAAUGACGGAAACCAAGAGCCACCCUCUCAAUCAAAGGCGCCCAAGAAGAAGUCGCUGUAUCAGCGCUUGACCGGCUCCCGGGCCGGCGAGAUCUCGGAGGAGGAUAUGCGGAAGUACACAGGGAAGAGUAAGGAGGAGUUGAAGGAGUGGGCCAAGGAUCGGCCUGAUGUUGGAAAGAACCAGGCGGCCGGGAGGGUUGACCGCGGGAACAACAAUUUCGGGGUGAUUGGGUUGGGAGUUCAUUGA